AACACACAGCAGCUCUGACAAUGCCUCAGACCGUGAUGCUCCUCUGAGACACCAUCCAGUCCCUCCGAGCCGACCGUGGGUCCAGUUGGAGUCACUGCACGAGGGAGAGUCUGCAUGAAAAUGCCCUUUUGACUGGGUCAGCACUGUCUUGGUCAAGAAUUGCUGCCAGGAUGAACAUGUCUUACGAGGAGCAGAUGAUGAACUCCACCUGGAACUACAGCUACUCCUACUAUGGCACCAACUACACCCUAGCACCGCCAGUGCUGCACCACACCGUCAGCACCUCGAAGCCUGCAGCAUGUGAGCAGGUGCACAUCGCUGUGGAGGUAUUUCUGACCCUGGGAAUCAUCUCACUGCUGGAGAACAUCCUGGUCAUCACCGCCAUCAUCAAGAACAAGAACCUCCAUUCACCUAUGUACUUCUUUGUGUGCAGUUUGGCCGUUGCUGACAUGCUGGUGAGUGUGUCCAACGCCUCGGAGACCAUCAUCAUUUACCUGCUCAACAACAGACAGCUGGUGGUGGAGGACCACUUCAUUCGGCACAUGGAUAACGUCUUUGACUCCAUGAUCUGCAUCUCAGUGGUUGCGUCCAUGUGCAGUCUACUUGCGAUAGCUGUUGACAGGUAUGUCACCAUUUUCUAUGCCUUGAGGUACCACAAUAUUAUGACAGUCAAGCGAGCCGGAUGCAUCAUCGGAGGAAUCUGGACCUUCUGCACAGGCUGUGGGAUCAUCUUCAUCAUCUACUCAGACACAACCUCUGUCGUCAUCUGCCUGGUUGCCGUCUUCUUCACCAUGCUGCUGAUUAUGGCUUCACUUUACAGCCACAUGUUCAUGCUGGCUCGCUCGCACGUCAAGCGCAUCGCCGCCUUACCUGGCUACAAUUCCAUCCACCAACGUGCGAGCAUGAAGGGAGCGAUCACACUCACCAUCCUCCUUGGGAUCUUCAUUGUAUGUUGGGCGCCCUUCUUCCUCCACCUAAUCCUGAUGAUCUCCUGCCCACGGAACCUCUACUGCGUAUGCUUCAUGUCUCACUUCAACAUGUACCUCAUCCUGAUCAUGUGCAACUCCGUCAUAGACCCGCUCAUCUACGCUUUUCGGAGUCAGGAGAUGAGAAAGACUUUCAAGGAGAUCAUCUGUUGCUACAACCUGAGAAACGUCUGCAACAACAUCUCUCUGACGGGGAAGUGCUAAGGCUCUAAGUGCUAAGACAGUGAAGGAAAUGUGGGACGACCCAAAUUGGGGCAGCAAAAUGACAGAGAAGGUUGAGUCAGAUGUUCUGGGAAGUCACUUUCUUGUGUAUAAUGAAGCAUUCAUGUGUCCUGUGCUGGUGAAAGUGACUCACUGUGUUUUAAAAAAUGCAUCUGAUAUUCUGGUGAAGCUUUUUCAAAAGAGCAGCUUGUGGUACCUGAAUUAUUCUUUCAGCAAAUAUAAUAGGACCAUCUUGUACAUGAACAUCACCUUGUCCUUAUUUUCCAGUGGUCUCUCUCUCUAAAGUGUAUCCAUAUUUCCACGCUUUUUAUUGUGCGUUGGUGUUUGACAGCUGCCUUAUCUUCUUGUUGUUGCUUUUCCGCACUGAUGAUGGAUGUUUAUCCUGGAGUUUCAGACUCAUCAGGAUAAUGUAUCCCAGUAGUUUUGCCUUGUAGCUUUGGCUGUACAAAACAUGGUAUGAAGUACAAAACCAGCAACACUUGCCAAAACCACUUAGAGACUCCAUCAUUUUCCAGAAGAACACUUGUCACUUGCUCACAAAGAUAAAGAGGACAACUUCACCAAACCCCAUGACACAUUUGUACCUCUUGUGUGUAUUUGGGAAUGAGCUCCAGUGACUUAUGGUGUGUCUUGACUAAUAGUGCUGCUGUGUAUCGUGCUGUUCAGGACGUGUACCCAAUGGAAUUUUUAUGAUGUACGAGAUAAGCAAAUUCUAGGAGUCAAACUGAUUUCAAGGUUUUAAUGACACUUUGAGCGCUUUCAAACCAAAUCAAAAUAGAAACUUAAAUAGAAACGACUACAGUGAAUCACUAAGCUGUGUAAAGAGGAGUUAGAAUCCGUGUGCAUUAGCUGAGCCAGAGCAGGGUCAUUGUACAAUCCUGGCCAAACAGGUAUCACUCAGCUUUCUCAACUCUUGGGUUCCCCAAACUCAUCUCUGCUGACAUACCUUCACUUGAUGAUGUUCCAGUCUGGCAGAGUGUGAGGUGUGAAGGCCCAUUUUGACCAUUCUCUGGCUUUCCUUGAUGGAUUUGGCCUGUCUCAGAGGCAAAAACUACCCUCCAGCACGAGUGGCCAGCCAGCACAUGAGUAGGGACGUAAGGGGCUCCUCGCUCAGCCACAGUUCAUGACAAACACACUGUAUACCGAGCCAUUGUAGAACCUUUAAGCUGUGAAUCAGCCUUAUCGAAAAGCACAGCUGACAUGCUGUAUUAUUAUUAUUAACCCGUGUCACUUUAACUGAUGUUGGUUUCUAUGUAAUGUGUGAGAAAAUACUAGAAAACAAUCCCAUAGAAUUUGACUGCGAAAGGCAUCCGAGAAUGUAAAAAGUGAAAGAUUGAGAUUGUUAUAUAUUAUUAUAAAAUUUUAUUACUGAGAUUUUCUUUUCUUUCUAAUUGUUCAUAUCCAAGCUUGGAGUUUGUAUAUUGUAAACGAGAUGUGAAUAUCUGUAUUUAUAUAUACUCUAGGGUGAAGUAUUUGCUCCAGAAAAUGUGUAUAAAUUGU